AUGAACUCUGACGGGUCGUCAGGGUUCAGCUACGUGCUUGAACUGCUGCUCUCGCUGCUAGAAGAGCCUUUUCGUCGGUAUCUGGAUAUCUGCGAAGAUGUGCACAUGCGCGACGCGAGUCGCAACACAAUGCUUCACUGGGCCGCUACUGUCGGCAACGUCGCUGCAGCGUAUGCGCUACUGCAGCAUGGCGUCGAGGUGGAUGCCCGCAACGUGUACGGGGCGACACCGCUGCACUUGGCCGCGGCCUUUGCGCCGAACAUGGGUGUGAUGGGUCCGCUCUUGAUGCAGCAUGGUGCAUCGCUAACCGCCACCCUCAGCUCCCGGAAUGCGGCCGGGGUGGAGUCUCUACUGGUGUCGAGGGGCUUGAAAGCAGUGUGGACAUGGAUGUUUGAGCUGAAUGGAUUUCUUCAGCAGAAUAAUUACAAUAGUCCCUUGCUGUUCCGGUUUGCUGGCUCAUCAAGCCUCCCUUCGCCUGCGUCAAUCAGGGCCAUAACCCCACUGCUCUGUGCGCCGGAAGAAUUACAGCAACUGAGCCAAGGUCGAGGAAACAAUAUGCAGCACCCAUACGCAGCAGUAGGUAUGCGUGCCGUACCGAUCCCACGCGCUCCAGCUAGGCGGUGGACUCCGCAUGGUAGUGGCGGCCAGCUGCUCACGCAGAAGCGGCCGGCGCGACGGGCGUCGUUGCACGCUGCAGCAGUGGAGGCUGCGCCGUCCGCUACCACCGCCUCCCCGGCGUCCCUCCGCAGCGCAACGGAGGAAAGGGAAGCUGCUGUUGCGCUCUGUGUCUCUCGUGAGGAGGCGGGACGCAUCCAGCUAGAAAAGGAGCAGGUGGAAGCACGUCUAGGUAUUUUCAUGGAGCUGUGUGCUCCACUCUGGUCUUCGUUUACCUGUGACGAAGGGGACCAGGUGGAUGUCGACUUGAAGAUGCCUGCCUCGUCGUCCUGGUGGGGCACUGCGGGUGCGGUGUGUAGCCCUGAAGGUGAUGAUUCCUACGCCGACUUGGUCGGGCUCGUCAUUGCGGUGCUUGGCGAAAAGUUCGACGUGAAGGACGGUCGCCAACUCUUUGUCCAGUACAACGAGCCUGCCGACAUGGAAGGCGCCAAUGUCAGUGAAGUUUGGUGUCCCUUCAACUCCGUGGCCCGUGACCCAGUGGUGAUCGCCUACACGGACCGCUAUAGCCGCACCUACGAGCUAACAAACUCGGUAGGCGUGAAGGCUGCUGCGACCCCGUCGAUCCUGAACGGCGAAGGUGGCUCUGGAAGCCCCCUCGACACCAUGGAACGAGAGCAGCUCGAGGAGCAACUGCGGAUGCUUCCCCGCAGGGACUUGUCCAGUCCAGAGAGCGCAUUGUCGUUGAAUAUCUCCACCAAGCAGUCCAUCCCGAUGGCGGCGAGUGCAUUAAGGUCGCCGGAUGCGUUUGACUCAGUGGGGGAUGACCAGACACAGCCCGUGUCGAGGUCCCCGAACCUCGCGACGAUGGCGGACAGACUCGCGUCGCCACACCCGCUCCCGUGGUUGGAUGCCAAAGAUGGUGACUCGUGGCAGUUUGCCCAGGCCCACGUGCAAGAGAUCAGCCCUGUGCAGGAGGUGUGGCCAGCCACGGCACCAGCCGUGUCACCGGAGCUGACGCCCAGUCAGACGGGCGCGGAGGCGGCGCAGGACGCGACCGCGAGUGCAGUAGCGAACCACGCGCCUGCGGAUGAGCGUUCGCAGCCUAAUCGAGGUGACGCUUGUGUUCAUCUGCACCAGCACUCCUCGUGCGACGUGAACAGCGUCAUAUCUGGCGCCUCCUGGACGGUCCAUACACAGCUUCCGGUCAGGUCUCUGCGCGAAAGGGCCAGCGGCAUCCUGGAAAAGGAUGAGCGCUACCGCUUGUCGGAGACGCAAAAAGUCAGGUACAAUAAGUUCCUGCGCGAAUCGGCGUUGCAGCGACUGCAGAAACGCCAGGGCCGGCUCCUUGCCGGCGCUUCCGGUGACUAA